AAUGAGUGCAAAACUUAGACGAGAGCAGGCGCACACCCCUGGAGGCGAUAUCAGCAUCCCUGGUUCUAUGCCAUGGGAGGGGAUUCCCGCUACCCGAGUAGGCACAGAAGAGGAUAUUGCCGGUGCCAUACUUUACUUGGCAUCCAGAGCAGGUUCCUUUGUGAAUGGCUGCAUCUUGAUUACAGACGGUGGCAUGCUUGCCGUUCGCCCUGGCGCCUACUAG